UCGAAAGAGUUCGUUCAACUACGAUGGCGAAGGUGGCGAUACUGGUCAUGAUAGCUCUGCAAGUUUUGGCGGGAAUCCAUUCGGAAGACCUGCCCAAGAACUACGAGUACUAUGCGGGUGACGGGAUCGUGUCCGGUUUGAACGCGGACCAGAGGUAUUUCCUACUCAAUGGCAAAAACAUCACCAUAUUUAGCGGGGCUUUUCACUAUUUCCGCGUGCACAAAUCCUCUUGGAGGGACAGGCUGCGGAAAAUGAGGGCGGCAGGUUUGAACACGGUCGAAACGUACGUCGCAUGGAAUCUGCACGAAUAUAAAUCCGGUGUAUUUGACUUCGGCAAUGGAGGUUCGGAUUUCGAAGAGUUCCUCGACAUCGCUGAGUUUUUGAAAAUAGCGCAGGAAGAGGAUUUGUUCGCGCUAGUGAGAGCCGGCCCUUAUAUCUGUUCCGAAUGGGAAUUUGGUGGAUUGCCGAGUUGGUUACUGCGAGAAGAAGGCAUAAAAUUAAGAACAAGCGACCCCGUGUACCUGGAGUACGUUUCCAGAUACUUCUCCGAACUCGUGCCCAUUUUGGCGAAACUCCAGUUCACCAACGGAGGCCCAAUAAUCGCGCUGCAAGUCGAAAACGAAUACGGAAACACUGGGAAUAGCGAUCCCGAUUAUUUACACGCUCUCAAGGAUCUUUACAUCAGCAACGGCAUCAAAGAACUACUGUACACGUCUGAUCCGGCGAGUGCUGGAACUAGAGGAGCGCUAGCCAACGAACUGCUGAUGACAGCCAAUUUUAAUAAUGAUCCGUCUUGGAAUUUGAACACUUUGGAUUCGCUGCAGAGCAACAAACCGACCAUGGCGAUGGAGUACUGGUCAGGGUGGUUCGAUCAUGUGACCGAAGACCAUCAUACGGUGGACAUCAACACUUACAAAAGUGUCUACGAAGGUAUCCUCUCGCAUCCCGCUUCCGCUAAUAUAUACAUGUUCGUCGGCAGUACCAAUUUCGGCUUCACCAAUGGUGCCAAUUCGUUGUACGGGGGUACGGACAAUUCUGGACUCCAGCCCGAUACGUCAAGUUACGAUUACGACUCCCCGAUUUCCGAAAGCGGAGAAAUCACGGACAAAUGGACGGCGACGAAAGAGCUCAUCGAGAAAUACAAUCCGGUGAAAACCGCGUUGCCCGAGUUGCCUGAAACUCGGGAACGGGCGGUUUACGAUGAUAUCAAAAUCGAACAGCAAAUCCUCCUAUCGGAGAUCAUUAAUGAGUUCCCGAAUAAAAUCGAAAGCGAAAAGGUCGUACCCAUGGAACUUUUAGACAUCAACGACGGAUCAGGUCAAAGUUACGGAUACAUCGUGUACCGAAAAACAAACAUCGAUCUUAAAGCUGGAGCUACGCUGACUAUAAAGGGCUACGUGAGAGAUCACGUGCUCAUCUUAGUGGACGGCGAGUUGAUAUCGCCGGUACUUUCCAGCAAAAGCGACUUGGACAAGUUCGGGUACUGGAGAUUACGCGAUUCUUCGAUCGAGCUCACCAAACAAGACUUGCUAGGCGCUACUUUAGACUUAGUGGUUGAAAACAACGCUAGAAACAACUACGGCAGUCUCGAUCAGUUCCAACAGUUUAAGGGCCUAACCGAGGACGUGCUGGUAGACGACCAAGUCGUUUCCAACUGGCAGAUCGUGCCGCUGGAGUUCAAAAAGUCUUGGAACCAACAACUCUCCGGAUGGCACCCCAUCAAAACUAAGGACGCCACACCCGCUCUAUAUAGGGUUAGCUUUAAUGUCACAGACCCGAAAGACACGUACGUUAACGUUCAAGAUUGGAACAAAGGUUUCGUCAUUAUUAACGGUUUGGUCCUCGGCAGAGUAUUUGCUGUAGGUCCUCAGCAAGCGUUGUAUCUGCCUGCCGGACUUCUCCGGGAAGGCGUCAACGAACUUAUCAUUUUCGAACACUUUUCAGCUCCAGACGUCGUCAAGUUCUCGAAAGACCCCAUCUGGGGUGUCGGAACCAACAUCCAUUAAGCUGUGAUAUUACUUGUGAUGUUUGAACUAAAUAAUAUAG